UGCUCUUCCAUCGAGCUGGAUCCCGCCCCCGUAUAGACGAAUGCAAAUAUUGAAUAAAUUAUCAAAUGACUCUGCCAACGCAUGUGAACGAAAUCCUACACUCGAACAAUGACAACCGAUCUCAGGAUCAAACAGGACCAGUGUGUACCUCUCCAAAACAUCGGGCGUGUCAUAUACCAAUUGCAGAACAGGGAGGGGCCGAGGUUGAUAGAACAGCUGGCGCAAGGCUAAAAGAUUAGAAGGUUGUGCUACGGUUGAAUAGCCGCAAAUUCAUGCCCACUACGAAGAGAAGGAGGCCAAAUUUGUAGUGGGAUUUUGGGUGCGGAAUUCCCCAAUGGUUGUAUGUCCAUGGCGCCUUCCUCAAUCCUAGGCGGGAGUCUACCCGUGGCGGUAGUCGUGCUGAUCGCCGUCGUCAGAGCCAAUGGGGAGGACUCUGCAGGGUUUGAGGCAGGAAUACGGGUGUACCAAGACGUAGAUGUAGUUGUUACACAGAAGAACGGACAGUUGUUGCUCAACUGCUCUGUCAAAGCCACUUCAGACUUUGGGCCUUUCCAAUACGAGUGGCUAAAGGAUGACAAACUUAUAGAAUUUGAAGAAGUCAACCCCAAAAUAAAACUGCUUUCAAAUGGGUCACUAUAUUUCAAAAAGUUCAGGAAACGAAAACGUCGAACGGACGAAGGAGAUUACACAUGUAUUGUCAAGAACAGCAUUGGAAGUGUUAUAGCUAACCAUGUACACGUUCAAGUUGCAAAUGUUGCAAAAAACUUUACACGCGAGCCACUUUCUCAGGAAGCUUUUGUAGGAGGCUCCGCUCGAUUUGAAUGCCGCAUAGACGCUUUCCCUGCCCCAAUCUUUAAAUGGGAGAAAGCUCGCACAGAUCUACCUCAAGAUAGUGAAAAAUAUAUUCUAUUCCGCUCUGGAGUUCUUCACAUAAACAACCUCACACUAGAAGAUACGGGUCUUUACCGAUGCAUUACCUCUCAUGGGGAACUACAUACGCUCCCUGACGUCAUUGACACCAUACGCUGGCGCCACAGUCGAGAAGCUGCUCUCACAGUCAAAACGGGCGAAGCAAGACGUAAACCAAGAAUUAUUGACGGCAACUUAAAUGUGACAACGAAGACAGGAGAGACGGCCAUCCUUGAAUGCCUGGUCGAUGGCUCUCCACUGCCCAAUGUCACCUGGCAUCGACAGGAUCGUAAAUCCCUCAGUCAGUAUGUCUCCUAUGUUGGACACAAGAACCUCAAGAUCCGCUCUGUCCAAAAGGAGGAUGCAGGGACGUACGUCUGCACUGCCAGUAGUCGGGGCUUCAAGGAUGUCAGUGUCUACGUGACUCUCACUGUCAACAUGUCCCCAAUCAUCACCACACCACCGCAGACCCAACGAUGGCCACGGGCGAGGACUGUCAUCCUCAAAUGUGAGGUGGAUGCGUUACCCGAGGCGACGGUCCGUUGGUACAGGGACGGAGAGUUGAUCAAGCCUGGCCAACCCUUUGAGUUCCGUUCGAGUUCUUUGGUCAUCUACAACGUGGAGCUGAAGCAUGAUGGGUACUACCAGUGUAUCGCAGAGAAUAGUGUCGGGCGGGACACGGCCUUCGCCAGACUCGAGAUCUUCGAAAACAACGGUUCCCCUAAGCCUCCACAAGGCUUGAAGGCUCACGCACUCACCAGCAAGAAGAUCUUCGUCCAGUGGAACAAGUCGGAGUCACCGCCCGAACUGCCGAUCCUCACCUACGUUGUGUCUGUUGUAGCCUUCAAUGGAGCGGAGGCGCUGGACACGGACUUUGUGAUCGGGGAGGAGGCCAUCCUGAACACGACCAUGGACCAGCUGAAGCCGUUCACCAACUACUCCGUGUACGUCAAGGCCUUCAACAAGAAGGGGGCCAGCCCUCGCUCUGUCAACGUCAGAGUCCAGACACUUGAGGAUAUUCCGGUGGCUUGCCCCGAGAUUAUCCUAUCGACCAACACGCCCAACACCAUCCAGGUUGAGUGGAAGGAGAUGCUGCCGUCUCUGCGCAACGGCAUCAUCACAGAGUACGAGGUGCACUACAAGACAAAGGAUGCGGGGGAGAUGGUUGAUGCAGUCGAGUCCAAGUCCUUCUACACAAUCAGAGAUGUACAGCCAGAUGAGGAGUACUAUGUUCGAGUUUUGGCUAGGACGAAGAAGGGCUAUCCUGUUCUGUCCGAUGCCCAAUGGCCUUGGGUCUCCAUCCGGACGUCCAGACUCAUCUCCUCCUUCCCGAUGCCCCACCUCCACAUUGUGCGUAAGAAUGCCUCAGUGGUUGUUGUCAAGUGGGCCAUUGACGAUCAGCAGGGCAAGGUGGAGACGUACCAGAUUCAGUUGAAGAACCUGCAGGAUAAGGGCACUGUUCUACAUACCGACACCAUCACGGGACCAGCUGAACAAUAUGUCCUUACAGACCUAGACAACAGCACAGAGUACGAAGUAACGAUCACCGCAAGGGGAAAUGGAGAAUCAUCUGGCCCCGUUGCCAUGGAGUUCCGGACAACGGAAGAUGGCCCUGUUUUUGCAGCCAAGGUUCUCAGCGCAAGGACGCUGAACAAGGCAACCAUCUUGUUGACUUGGAUGCAGCCCGGCUCACCGCACCGAAUCAAGCAGUUCGACGUGUGCUACCAGAUAGAGAUGGGAAAAACCCAGACUUGCAAGAAGAGCCUGUCCCCAAGUGUCAGCAUUGCCGGACUGAAGCCGUUUACCAAGUACAAGUUCACUGUACGUACGCACUUCCAGAACAACGAUGUCAAGGUCAGCAGCCCGCUCAUUGCUCAGACUCAGGAAGACAUCCCCAGUGCACCCACCAACAUCACGUGGAUCGUGGUGUCUCCGGGCACUGUGGAGCUUCACUGGAAGCCUCCAGCCUCCCCCAACGGCGUCAUCACAUCCUACAUCAUCUUCUACAACAACAACAACAAGGUUCCUGACACCAUGUGGCGCAACCUCACCCAGACAGGGGGGCUGACACAGGCUACCGUGGAUGAACUGACUGCCGCCUCCUACUUCUUCAAACUCCGAGCGUGUACCCGAGCAGGUCAAGGUCGUCCGUCACAGAUCGUCGUGGUCUACCCGAACAUCAAAUGCACUAGCCAGACUCAGCAGCAGGAGCGAUGCCGACCAGACACCAUCGUCGGACCUGGUGCAAACACAGGUCGACGAGACAAACAGCUGGGAAUAAUUGUUGGUGUCACCAUCGGCAUUGUCUGCAUCGUCAUCUGCAUUGUCGUCAUUGUUUUUCGCAACAGAUGUUUCAGAUCCCGCGAACCUCCGCCUAUUUACCAUGGUAACGGCCACCUUCCAGGCCAUGGCAAUGGUCAUGCUGUCCACGUGACGACCAACCGCCUCUCGGUGCCGAGCUCGGAUAUCGAGGCUCUCACACCUAUGUUAAACUCACUGCAAGAGAACACUGAGUCGGAUUCUAAGGGGGGUGGAACACUGAUCGUGACGCCGAACGGCGUGCGAAUGAACGGGAUCAGUCAGAGUUUGCAGAAUGGACAUGUGCCCAAUGGUCAUGUGACCAGGCGAGAGGGUAAUGUGCAUCUUGGCAACCGGGGCAGCUCAGAGGAGCAUCAUGGGCUCAUUGCUGCCAUCCAGGCCUCGUCUGAGAGUAGCCCUGGAUCCACUGGCCGGGAGAUGUCCACAUACGCGGGGGAAAGUCUGGAGGAGAUUGACGGGAGUCUGGAGGACGAGAGUCAAAUGACAUCUGUUGUCACGGCACCCAAUGGGGAGGCAGCCAUGUUGAAGGUGACCGCCAGUGAAGGGGGAGACAAACCCCGUAUCUCUCCAUCUCGCCGCGGCAACGGCGGCACAGGGGCAGCUCAGGCAGCAUCUUCAUCCCCAACACUCAGGAACAACGGCAGCGGCGGCGGCGGCAGCAGCAACGCAGCUGACAGCACUACCUCAUCUCACCUGCCAAGCAGCAACACAACCUUGAGGCGGGAUCAAGGUCAAGGUCACGAGGACCUACCUCCAACCCCUCCUCCACCUCUCGCAAGCAGCACCCAGAGCAGUACCUCUACUCAGGAAUGUCCGGAGGCCCCGGGGACACAUGUUGACAGUCUGCCCCCAAGAGUCGGGGCAGGGAUAUUACCUCAUAUGUUUGUACGUGAUGGGACAUGGGCAGGUUUAGAGCAAUCUGACUCCGUGGUGUAGUGGUGUUGCACCACCCUGGCUAAUGAUAAACUUGUGUUGUCUACAGACCGACCUCAUUCAUAACGUGGCAACCGCCCACUCACCCACCUUCCGUCUCUCUGUCACCUGCAGUGGCAGGAUACAUGAACAGACGAACAGAGCCACAGAGGGUGGGUGUGGUGCCUGCGGCCACGAUGCGAUGUACUACUAUCUUCCUGUGAUGCGGGUAUUAUAUAUACACACUUUUUUACUUCUCCUUUUAAGAGUGAUCAAGUGGCAAACGUGAACAGAUGAUACCUCAUUUUUAACUACCAACAACUUCUGGAACUGUUGCUAUGGAAACAGAUCAUCUCCUCAGAGACUUGUUUUAUAUUGUACCUCUUCAGCUGUUUCCAUGGCGAUGUGUCAUGGGGCAGCCAACAGCAAUUCAUUUGGACUGAGGUGCAAAGGGUAAUGUUGCCAAUGGUGUUGCUAUGGACAUGAUGGGUGUUGCUAAGCUCAGGUCAACUGUUGCCAUGGAGACUGAAGGUAUAGUGUGGACUAUGUGAUGCACGAGGAUGGGGAAAGGGCAGCUCCUUCUACCUCGAUACGGCUAUGUAUGUAUACAGAGCUUUUGAACUUCAGGAUCAGCAUUGCCCGUGGUUGAGGCCACGGGAUCUUCAGGGCCUGUGGUCGAGGCCACAGGAUCUUCAGGGCCUGUGGUCAAGGCCACAGGAUUUUCAGGGCCUGUGGUGUGGUCCACACUACACAAUCACCACCAGGACUACGGUGUUCCCAUGCCACACUACCAUCGGACUCAAACCACUGCUGCAAAAGACCUGCAAGGGACGUACGGCGGCAGCUAGCGGUGUCGUAUCCUACGUGUUUUUCGUCAACGGUUGCAGGAAGAGGCUGCUGCCAUUGCUCCUCCUCCUCCAGACAGACGGCAGCUCAUUGGGGAACUCAACUCAUAGUUGUAGUGUAUUCCAUUUUUGCUAUAUGACAGUAUUUUACUAAACAAAUCAUGUUACGGUCAAAUAAGGUCUAGUUGUCGCUGCUCCUGUCAGGAACGAUCCUGCUCUGUGUCGUCGCGUGUGAGGACUCGUCGACAUUGGAGCCAUCAUUGUGUUUUGUGUAUGAUGUCACUUCCUGUUUGGAACUGGUACUACUUUUUGUGUAUGAUGUCAUGACUUCCUGUGUGGAAGCUGUUUUAUGUGUAUGAUGUCACUUCCUCCAGUGGGACAUGCUAGUUACCUCAUAAGUAUCUACCUCACUUCUGCAGUGGCGGCGAUGUGCUGUGGGCGAGCGUGGAGGGGAAGCAGAGAUGGUGACAUGGUGGGCGUUGUCUUGAACUCGGUCUAUCUCAGGGAGUAUCUAAGUCACUAUAAACCGCGAGUCAAAAACUGACGCCUCACUUUGUCCACAGCUGCAGCUGCCACAGGUCGUCGCCAUAGCAACUUGGCUGAUUAGUCACCUUGCACCCGAUGAAGGUGAAGGUCGACUAAUAGCCGGUGCGUACCUCGAAGAGACUGACCUGCAUCUGGUGGCCGACCAUGACUGUCGACUACAACAGCAACAUCUCCGGCUGACGCUGUUGCGGGAUGUCAAUGUCAACCGUCUGCUGAUUUAACUAGAGUGGGUCAGAAUCUGCUAACUAUACCUCGGGAGGGGGCGGAAUGUUAGUUUCCAUGGUUACUGUCAUACCAAUCUAUAUCAGCGUAGUCUUCACGGAGGGGACAAACACGUGGUGGGAGCCAGGGCGGGGUUGGGAUCCGGUCUGAAGCAACUACCUCUGACGUACCUACCGGUUUAUUUACAACCAUGGUAUGCAUGCUAAAAACCACAUGCAAAACUCACUAUAGAACCCAACAUAACUCAACACAGACCAACCUCACCAUGUUGGUUUAGCGUAGUCGGU